CAUCAAUCUAGUCUGAGAGCAAUUUUUAGGACUGAGGGACUACCACUGUUGGACUCUUUAGGGACAACUUGCUUUUGCUUCUUGCGAGCCUGAACUUAUUUUUUUGUGGAAAUACAAGCCUACCGCUCCAAAUAGCCUGAAAAGAUGCUGCUCCUACUACUGGGAAUCAUCCUCCUGCACAUCGCUGGUCUGGUUCUCCUGUUUGUGUCAACAAUUGUCAGCGUAUGGACGUCAGGUGAAACUAGCACCGCAGACCUCUGGAUAAACUGCACUACUACCAAUGCAGGAUACCACUGUGAUCCAGCAUCAGCUGGAGAGUGGAUUCAGGCGGUCCAGGCUCUCAUGAUCUUAUCCAUCAUCUUCAGCUGCCUGUCUCUCCUCCUCUUCUUCUGCCAGCUCUUCACUUUGCAGAAGGGCGGACGCUUCUUCCUCACUGGAACCUUCCAGAUCCUUGCCAGUUUGUUUGUGAUGAGCGGAGCCAUCAUCUACACGGUGAUGAGUCCGCAGUGGGUGCCGGAGACAGAAGCCUUCGGCUACUCCUACAUCCUGGCGUGGGUGGCUUUCCCUUUGGCGCUGAUCAGCGGACUCAUCUAUGUCAUCUUAAGGAAGCGAGAAUGAGCAAUCACUCCAUCCCAGUGUUUUCCAGUUACCCCCUGCCCAAAUGCAAGUGUCAUCAGUCCCACUCUGAAGUAAAAGUUUUGAUGCCUGAGUACCAAAGGUCCCUGGAGCCACCAGGCCAAUACACCCAGAUCACAGCGAGGGGGGGUAAUACCAAAAAUCAACAAGCAAACCAACACAAAAACAACCAAUACUGUCUCAGUUAAAAGAUGUAUAUAGUAUCUAUGGUUUAAAACCUAUUUAUAACACUUUUUACAUAUAUGUACAUAGUUGUUAUGUUGCUCUGUCAAAGGAUACAUGUGUGAGCUUUGUUUUAGCUGAUUAAGUGCCUCAGUGUUUGUUUGUAAUGAUGAAAUAAUUAGAUGCUAUUUUGUUGUGUUUUCUUUUUCUUUUUUUGUUGCCCUUUUUGUUUUGGUAAUUGCCAAAGAAUUAGUAAAAAAAAGCAAAAUAGUUACUUCAAGUAUAUUAACCAAAGUGCAUGUAUGGAAAUAGAAGGGUAAGAUAGUAUUUUUUGAUGGGCUUGCUUCACAAUAAGAGUGGUAACAUCCAGGGAUGUAGCAUAGCCAGGAAAUAUAGAUUUGGUCCUUUUCUAUUUUGUGAAUUUACAAGUUUCAGUGUUUUUAUUUUCAGUAUUUUUCUAUUUCUUAUUUUCAACAAAAGAUGGUGCUAUGUAUUUAUCAUUCCUAUUACUGAUAGCAAUCAUUUACAACAGAGUUACUUUGUAAUUGUUUAGAGUCAAACAGCCAUUAAUUAAAGUGAGGAUCAGACAGAGGUGCACCUGUACAUACAGUGCCUGACUGCUCCUUUAGGGAACACACUCUAUUUCAAGUUGCAGUGUCUGAUGAUGUUUUUCUUCUUCAUCGAUUACUGUAAAAAAAAAAAUGAAUAACCGAGUUUGGGGUGGUGCACUGAUGAAAUCAAAAGUGGAAUGUCAGUAUUAUUCUGCAAGUUUGUAAAGAGUUGGAUUACAGUGACGUUACUUCAUAUAAGCUUUAUUUUAUCUACAUUUGCCUUAAUUGUCCCUCAUUCUGAUGUUUAUGUUCACCUGGCUGUUAAAGCCUCCAGAAGCCAAAUUGCAUAUUUAGUAGAAUACCAUACAAAAAUAACACUGUGGGGCAUUAUAGCCUAAGUAAAGUAUACAUUUAACAUUACUACAAAGAAAUGCCACUGAGUUGAAGCCAUAAGAAAAUACCAGAUGACAGGUAAAACAUAUUUAGUAUUAACUCGACAUGUGAGGAAAAGGACAGAGGUUUGCAGUGAUGAUACAAAUGUCUGUUUCACAUACUUGAAGUUUGACACGCUGCAGUCUCUGCCCACGGACGUCUAGAUGUUGAUCUCUUCUACUGUAUAAUUGCUGUUUAUGUGUUGCGCAUAACAGAUGGAGAUGACAGUCUAGCCUAAAACACUCAUUUACUCAAUAAACCUACUCUGACAUUAUCUAAUACUGUGUAUUCCACUGUUACAAGGGACUGGAUUCACGCUAACUCUUGAUGCAUGCAGAAUUUAAAGUCAUUUUUUUAGGCUGUUGUGCCGUCUUGCCUGUAAACUCCAUAACGCACGUCUCUGGGCUUCAAAAUCAUCAUGUGGGAAAACUGCCAGUUAAUGGGAAUAGACAUUAAAACAAAACCAAAUUCUGAACCAUUUGUGGUUUAUGAAUCUGUUUGUGAUUGCAUGUAUGCUAUUCGAUGGAUCAAAGAUGUCAGAAACUGAAAUGCAGUGUGCGGCAUUUAAAUUCCUGUGUACAGUCUAACCAAGCAAGUCUACCUUACAGUGUGCCAUCAUACUCCAAGGGAUCAAAUAAGCUGCCUUGUGCAUGUGGUUGCAAAUGCUGUAUGUGACUUGUGUUACACAUACUGGGGCAAUGGCACGGCGGUUGGCACCCGAUGCCAGUUAUGCAAAACAUGCAGCUAGUGUUUCAGUCUCUCAUGGCAUCAGAAAUUGGACGUGUUUUGAACACCGUAAGCAAGGGUCUGUCCUCCACUUGACAUCUCCUGAGACAUCCUGUAGACUUCCAAAACAGAGCUAUGUUGUGGUGGAUUAAAGUAUUUAAUUCAGAGGUUACACUAGCUAGUCUGCUGUGUUUUAGCAUGAUGCUCAUUAUUGGGUUCAGUUAGAAGAGAUUGCCUCUAAUGACAACUGCCCUUCUAUUUAGUGUAAAGCGACAGAGUUCAAUUGUCUAUGUCAUGUUUACACCUAAACUUCCAAAUGCUAUUACCAAAGCUACUUUGACUUAAAUCAUUAAAGGAUGUUUCUUACCACCA